AUGACGGAAAGAGCGGGUGCUUUGGGUCCUGCAGAAGAGCUUCUUGAUGUUCAGCCCUCCAAAUUAGAGGCUGCACCAGAUUCGGACUUCAACGAAUUGGAUGAAUACAAGUAUCCAAUUGACAUAGACACGGGACUUAGACUCGUUGUGUUUGUGGAAAAUGACAAAUCAGACCCAAGAAAUUGGACAAAGUCCAGAAAGUGGCUGUACACCAUAUUGCUCGGAAUUGUGUGUUUUGCGGUGGCAUUUGCUUCGGCAGUUGUAACUGGUGACUUAGAAGGUCCACAGGAGACUUUUGGUGUCAGUCAGGAAGUUGUAAUUCUGACUGUUACACUAUUCGUGCUUGGAUUCGCUUUUGGUCCUUUGUUGUUUGCUCCUUUGAGUGAGGAGAUUGGUAGACAGGCCAUCUACACGGGUACGCUUUUCUUUGCGCUGAUCUUCAUUCUUCCAUGUGCUCUUGCUAAGAACAUUGGAACCUUGCUUGUUGCCAGAGCCAUUGACGGGUUGGGAUUUUCUGCCCCUCUCUGUAUCAUUGGUGGUUCGCUAGCUGAUAUGUGGCUUGCCAAGGACCGUGGUUUGGCCAUGACUGUCUUUUCAGCAGCUCCAUUUCUCGGCCCUGUGAUCGGUCCUUUGGUUGGAGGCUAUAUCGGAGAUAAUGCCGGAUGGCGUUGGAUCUACUGGGUCCUCAUGAUCUUUGUCGGUUGCGUGUAUGUCGUGAUGGUUGCUGUGAUCCCAGAGACCCAUCACAACACCAUUCUCAAGCGUCGUGCUAAGCAUUUGAGAAAAAUAACCGGUGACGACAGAUACCGCACUUUGGUUGAGAUCCAAGUCAGAUCUAUGAAAACAAUCAUGGAAGAGACUUUGCUUAGACCAAUGGUGCUUCUCAGGGAAGUCAUUGUGUUCCUCAUGACCAUCUACAUGUCCAUCAUCUACGGUUUGCUCUACAUGUUCUUCUUUGCGUAUCCAGUUGUCUACAUGGAGGGUAAAGGCUGGAGUGCUUCUAAGACCGGUUUGAUGUUCAUUCCUGUUGCUGCCGGUGUCAUUGCUGCUUCGCUCGUUUCGCCUCUCAUCAACCGCAACUAUAACAGAAGAGCUCAAAAGUACAUUGAUCAGGGCACCUUACCACCUCCAGAACUGAGAUUGGUGCCAAUGAUGAUUUCGUGUUGGUUCGUCCCUAUUGGUCUGUUCUCAUACGCUUGGUCUUCAUACCCCCGUCUUUCGUGGGCUGGACCAUGUUUCUCUGGCUUCGCAUGCGGUGUUGGAUUCAACAUGCUUUAUAACCCAGCCAACAACUAUAUCGUGGACUCAUACCAGCACUAUGCUGCCAGUGCCUUGGCUGCUAAGACCUUUGUGAGAUCGUUGUGGGGUGCUUCCGUACCUCUCUUCACCAUCCAGAUGUACCACAGACUUGGAUAUGAAUGGGCCUCAUCGCUGAUGGCCUUUAUCUCACUUGCAUGCUGCGCCAUUCCAUUUGGCUUCUAUUUCUAUGGAGCCAAAAUUAGAACCUGGAGUAAGUACGCUUACUCUCCAGAGCUCGAGUCCGACGCAAAGCCUUUGGAGAAAGCACAGACCGAGUCGGUGAACUCGUGUUCAGCCUAA